CCAUGACCUUCCCCCCUGAGGCCCUGUGGGUGACCGUGGGGCUGUCUGUCUGUCUUGUCGCACUGCUGGUGGCCCUGGCCUUCGUGUGCUGGAGAAAGAUCAAGCAGAGCUGUGAGGAGGAGAAUGCAGGUGCUGAGGACCAGGAUGGGGAUGGAGAGGGAUCCAAGACCGCCCUGCGGCCUCUGAAACACUCUGAGAACAAAGAAGAUGAUGGACAAGAAAUAGCCUGACCACGAAGACCAGGGAGCUGCUGCUCCGGCCUGGGGGGCUCCCACCUCUGGAUGCACCGGGGCCUCAGUGUGAGCCCUGCCCCCAACAGAUGGCUCCCACUCGGGCAGGUCUGCCCAUUCUCCAAAGGACAGAGAGACCACCGCACAGCCUUCUUUCUCCGAUGGACGUGAUUCCCAAGUCUUGCUGCCUUAUUUCUCCAGUGACACGAUACAUAAACCAUCCUGCUGUCUUGUGUCUUAUGGACAUAAUACAGACACCACCCCACCGCCUUAUUUCUCCAGUGGAUAUGCUGCAUGGACCAUCUGGCUGCCUCUUUUUUCUCCGCAGGACACAAUAUUCAGACGGAUCCUCUGCCUUCUUUCUCCAAAGACAGGAUACGCAGUCACCCCUGGCCUUCUUUCUCCAGUGGCUCUGAAACACUAGUUUUCAUUUCUCAGCCUUUUCUUCCACUCCCCCCACCGUAAGCCCGUCUCCCAGACAGGGACACUGCAGCUUCAGCAUCUCCUGAGGCCACAGGCAUCUCCCCUCCCGCCUCCCCUCCUCUGGCCCCCGCCUUGGCCUUUCCCCCGUCACUAAGUGAAGCCAGGGCCCUUCCCCGGGCAUGCAGGGACACACCAACACCUGUGCUGGGACGUAUAGGGACCUCCCUUCGCCCAGUCUCUCCCGUGGUGCCCUGGGCUGUGCCCUGGGGCUGCCUACCCGUGGGAAGCAUGUGCUGGUCACACGGGGUCUCUGGGGGUCUGCGUGGGCCCCCUGGGGGUCAGCCUGUAGCCCUCCACUUUUCCCUCCUGUCCUUCUGUUCAUCCACUCUAGUCACGUUCACCGAGCACCCACGGGGUGCCAGCAUUGCCUUAGGUACCUGGGACCCGCUGUGAGAAGACAGGGCCCUCCGUUAAGGAGCUUGUCCUUCACCUGGGGAACUGCGAGGAGACAGACAACCGCCUGCCAUGGCCUGCGCCUUGUGAGGGGUUCCUGCCCGGCUCCCUACAGUACCCCUCCAAUGUGCCCGCGGCCUCCUGGAUACCUCAUGCCCAGGCCAUCCCUAAUCCCUCCCCAGAGCAGCGGUGCGGGCAGAAACCUGGAGACGGGGCAGAGCCUCUUGCUACAGUCGGAGAAUCUGAUGGUUUCCAGUCUUUCAAGGUGUGAGCAGGUGGGCAGGCGGCCACGGCACCCCGAACCCCGGAGAGCAGAAGUGUAGCGGAAGCCUGGGGACGGGGCAGGGCCAGGAGGGUACAGGGACACAGCCCCUCAGCCCCCACCAUGGUGCUAUUCUGGAGCCGGGAGGACACCUCCUGGCUUGUCUCUCGCCAGCCCCCGGCCUCCGGAACGCUUCUGAUGUCCUCCCGCUGACAUUUCCUCCUUCCCCAGGGAACGGAAGAGGUGGCAUGCCUAAUUUAAAUGUGGGACUCUGAGGAAUUUUGUUAACUGGGGGUGUAUUUUGGGAAAAAUAAAUGGC